GACCCUUCCCAUUUGUCCUUGGACACUUGAAUCUCCGCCUCACAUUAAUUCGUCGAGCUAAGCCUCCUUUACUUUGCAAACGCCAACACAAUGCAUCUUUAAAACGAUAAUCAAUGUCUACUUUUACGUUAUUAAAACAAGAUUGUUAAUGCCGUUUCGGUCCAUAAUAAGCUUUUGGCAAGCAAUAAAAAACAGAAGACGGGUACAUGGUAAAACCAUUCAUUUGAUUGGUCUGCCACUGAUAAGCAAUUGGUUGCCGUGACUUGAUUUUUACGCAGUAAUGCUUUUUUUUUUUUUCAUUACUCGGUUGGGCCGACAGGGCAAAGGGUGUUUCUUCAUCUACCGACCUUGUCAUCAUGUCGCUUACCUUGGAUUUCUUGCUUCCCCCUCCUCCUUCCACUUACAAGGCCGAUCAGGCUUCCGUUGUUCACUCUUCUUUGAGCGAUUCCAUCGAUCGUCUCCUUGAACCUGUGGGUCCUCACUUCUUGGCCCAUGCUCGCAGAAAGAGACAUAACCGUACUUUCUCCGAAGAUGAACUUCAUCAAGCUAAAGAAAAGGCCGAACAAGUCGUUGAAGAAGAAAAGGUUGACUUUGAAUACGAGGAAGUCGAUACCAACACUGUCAACACCGACCCCACACAGUGGAAGACUCAGGAUAACUAUGCUGUCUUGGGUUUGACCAAGUACCGUUACAAGGCUAACGAGGAGCAAAUCAAGAAGGCUCACCGUCGUAUGGUCUUGUUGCACCAUCCCGAUAAGAAGGCCGAUAAGAACGAUGAUGCUUUCUUCAAGUGUAUUGCCAAGGCUUACGAUACUUUGAUGAACCCUGUCCUCCGUCGUCAGUACGAUUCCGUCGAUUUCGGUAUGGCCGAUCUCGAUGAAGAUGUGCCCACUGCUAAAUCCACCGGCAACUUUUACAAAUUAUGGGGUCCUGUGUUCGAACGUGAAUCCCGUUUCUCCAACAAGCAGCCCGUGCCCCUCCUCGGCAACGAAGAAUCCACCAAGGAAGAAGUCGAACAUUUCUACGAUUUCUGGUACAACUUUGACUCGUGGAGAACCUUUGAAUGGCUCGAUAAGGAAGGUGCCGAAGGUGCCGACAGCCGUGAUGACAAGCGUUACCAAGAAAAGAAGAACCGUGCUCAGCGUGCUCAGCUCAAGAAGGAAGACAAUGCCCGUCUUCGCAAGAUUGUCGAUGUCUGCUUAAGCCUGGAUCCUCGUAUCGCCAAGUUCCGCGCCGAAGAUAAGAAGCGUAGAAACGCCAAGAAGGAUGCCAAGGCUGCUGCUGAAAAGGCCGCUGCCGAAGAAGCUGCUCGCAAGGCUGAAGAGGAACGUAUCGCCAAGGAGAAGGCCGAAGCUGAAGCCAAGGAAGCUCAGGCUAACGCCAAGAAGGAUAAGGAAGCCGUUAAGCGCGCGGUCAAGAAGGAGAAGAAAUUGAUCAAGAACUUGGUCAAGGACAACAACUACGCUUUACCCGCGGGAACCACGCCCAGCCCCGAUGAUAUCGAUCGCCAGCUUCAGUUGCUCGAUGAUAUCAUUGCAAAGAACAAGGACUUGCCCAAGUUGGAAGCUCUCCGCAAGACUCUCGAAGACGCUCACAAGGAAGGCAAACUUGCCGAAGUCUUUGCUGCUCAAGCUUAAACUCUAGAUAGAUUCUAUCCAACAAAUAAAUAAUGUCAUACUGUGUAUCUGAUGAUCACAUGCAAUUCACACACAUGGGAAUUUCGUUUUUUCUCCAGAGAGGCAGUUGUCUCUGAACUUGCAGCAAGGAUAGAGAGAAUAAAAAAU